AUGCCCGGUAGAGACCAGGCCUCUUUCCCUGCUUUCACCCAGGCUGUGACAUGCCAGCAGGAGCCGGCAGCAUCUGACACAUCCCCCACGCUGCUCAGCCCCGCUGCUGCGGCCUCCCACGCACCGCAGGGCCGAACCUCCGCUGAGGAGCGUUCCGAGGCGCCUGGUGACGGAGGUGGGAGAGAGACGCGCUUGGCACGAAUUAUCCUCCUCCCUAGAGAAAAGCUGCUGCCUCAGUGUGGGCGGCGCGGCGCGCGGGCCAAGAUGGCGGCCGUGAGCGCGUCGCGGUGGGUCGGGGCGGCCGCGGGGCGCGGGGCGGGGAACGCGCGGCCGCCGCUGCUGCUGCUGCUCCGCGGGCUCCGCGUCCCGCCCGCCCGCGCCCCACGCCGCCUCCUGCUGCUCCGAGCUGGGCUCUGCGCCGCGGGGACGAAACGUGCUGCCGCCGCCGCCGCCUUCCACAGCAGCGGGACCCGCACCAAGGAGGACUAUUACCAGGUGCUGGGGGUGCCCCGCACCGCCACCCAGAAGGAGAUCAAGAAGGCCUAUUACCAGUUGGCAAAGAAAUACCACCCUGACACAAACAAGGAUGACCCCAAAGCAAAGGAGAAGUUCUCUCAGCUGGCAGAAGCCUACGAGGUGCUGAGUGACGAGGUGAAGCGGAAGCAGUACGAUGCCUAUGGCACGGCGAGUUUCGAGGCCGGUGCGGCCGGGGCCGGCGCCGGCACGGGGCGGCAGUACUGGAGCGGCGGCCCCUCCAUUGAUCCCGAGGAGCUUUUCCGGAAGAUCUUUGGGGAGUUUUCGGGAUCUCCUUUCGGCGAUUUUCAGACUGUCUUUGACCAGCCACAGGAGUAUAUCAUGGAACUGACGUUCACCCAAGCUGCAAAAGGUGUUAACAAGGAGAUCGUGGUGAACAUCCAAGACUCCUGCGAGCGGUGCGAUGGCAAAGGGCACGAACCGGGCACCAAAGUGCAGCGCUGUCACUACUGCAAUGGCACAGGCAUGGAGACGAUAAACACGGGCCCCUUCGUGAUGAGAUCGACGUGCCGGCGCUGCGGCGGCCGGGGCUCCAUCAUAACCACGCCCUGCGUCAUGUGCCGGGGAACGGGGCAAACCAAGCAGAAGAAGAAAGUGAUGGUUCCUGUGCCAGCUGGAGUUGAGGAUGGGCAGACAGUUCGGAUGCCUGUGGGGAAGAAGGAAAUUUUCAUUACGUUCAGGGUUCAGAAGAGUUCUGUGUUCAGAAGAAAUGGAGCAGAUAUCCAUUCAGAGCUCCCAAUCUCAGUGGCACAGGCUGUGCUGGGAGGCACAGCCCGAUGUCAGGGCUUGUACGAGACAAUCAACAUCACAAUACCCCCUGGUAUUCAGCCAGACCAGAAAAUUCGAAUGAGUGGGAAAGGCAUUCCCAGGGUCAACAGUUAUGGCUACGGAGACCACUACAUCCACAUAAAGAUAAAAGUCCCUCAGAGGCUGACGGAUCGCCAGCGAGCCUUAAUGAUGAGCUACGCGGAGGACGAGACGGACGUGGAUGGCACAGUGAACGGGGUCACAAACACAGCGUCAGGUGGCAGGGCCAAGGCUAGCGCUGCUACAGGCGGGGAUAGGCCUGAGGCUGAGGAGAACAAGGAGGGAUUCCUUUCCAAACUUAAGAAAAUGUUUACCUCCUGACACCCCAUCUGAGGGAAACGUUCUGCUGGGAACUAGGAGCCAGCAGCAGCAGGUCAUCUGUGCAGUUGGGGGUGAAUCUUUCUGGCAGCAGGCUCGGGAGAGCACAGGAUGUCAGUCGGCAGCACAGCAAGAAUCUCAGCUGGAGAGGCCACAGACCACCGAGGCACCAACACCCAUCGUGAUACAAACCCCCCCCACCAUCCAAGGAACUGGCAAUGAAGGGAAAUGCCAGCUUUGCAGAGAUGGGGCUCUCUGGAGGCUGCUCCACAGCCCUACUGCUGCUGGAAGCUUAUUGGGUAAAAGUUAAAGUUGAAGUAUUAUUUAGAAUCCAAACCAGAAGAAAUGUGAAAUAAACUGUCCUUCCAGCCCAGAGCAGAGCAGUUUGCUGUAUGGAGCCCAAGUCUCCACCUGCUGCUCACUCAGGUGCCCUUUGCAAUGCCAGGUGUGCUUGGUGAACUCACCACUGCUCACCUUCUCCCAGGAGACCUGCUGGGUCAGGGAGGUUUAACCCUGUCUUCACGACAGCCCUGCUGCCCUGCACAGCUCCGAGUGGAAUCUCCCUGGGCCUUGUCCAAGCCCACGUGCCCCGGCUCCCUCACAGCCGUGGGCUUUCUCAGCCCUGCUGAUUGCCUGCACAGAGCAGUGGUGGCAUCUGCACUUUGCCUCAGGUUUAACCCCCAAAUAACUAAAGUUACCACACAACUGCUGUCGCUUCUGAACGGGUACAAGUUGAUCACCAAGCCCUUUGCCAGUUGGGGACAAAAUCUUUUUAUUACCUUAGCGCAACACCCAUAGCAUAAAGGAUUGGUCAGAGCAUUGUUGUUUUACAUGUGUGAGAGUGCAAGUGAGGUGGAUCACUCCUUCCAGGUGCAGCUGAGCUCUUGCAGUGAGUAUCCCAUGGUUACUGUGUUAGUGAUACCGAGCAGGUACCAUCAGCCCACGUACUAAUAACCAGUUAAACGGGGACAUGUUGUAGUCUUGCCCUUCUUAAUUUGCUGAAAUAAAGCACGCGUUGCCUCCUGAUUAAACUGUCUGUAAAGUGAUUCUGUAUCCAUGUAAAUAAGAUGGACUUCAUAAAGAUAUUUAACAUGU